UUUUUUUUUAAAAAAAAAAAAUGUCUUCAAGUGUCAUUUUCGAAAGCGUUCCUGUGUUCUCUUCUGCAAUUAUCGCCGAAUUGGAAAAGAAAUUAAAAGGCGAUCAGGUUUUUCACCAAAGUCUGUCUGAUGGCGCCAAGUCUGGAGCCACUCGCUUGAUCCAGUUUUGGAAUUACAGGUGUUCUUUAAUCCCUGUAGAUGAGCAGACAAUGGAUGAGCCUCAGUACUCAAGUAUUGGUGACAGUGUGAAGGCUGUCACGUCUCCUGAUGGAAAGGAGUGUGGGGGUGUGCAGUCAGGCGAUGAGGUUCUUGAAGAGCUUGUUUCCGAUGUCGAGAGUGAUGAAUGGUCCUUGCCAUGCACUCCUCUCUUGUACUGCUUGCGUUUUCAAGAGAAUGGAUCAAUAAGAUUUCUUCAAGGCAAGAAUGUCGAUGGUAAGCCAUAAAUCAAUAUUUAGACAAAAAUUUCUAACACACUUGCUUAAAUAAAAGAUUCUCUUCCCGCGAGCCAUUCCAUUGCAG